UUAAGUGUUCGCUUAUCUUAUAAAGGCCUCACAAAAUAACUGUCUUCUACAACUUAAACAUGCAGACAAUAAACAUCAUAACCUUCGUUGUGACAUUAUGCUUCUUGGCACGAGACACUUUCGCAUUUGUAUUGGUGCACCAGGCGCCUCGGAACGUUACAAAGGUGCUUACGGUGGAUAAUGGGGGUCAGUGGGGAACCUGGCGUGACCCCCACUUCUGUGCAGAGGGGGCUUUUGCCGUUGGAUACGAUAUGAAGAUCGAGAGCGACUCAGCGUCCGACGACACUGGGAUGAACGGGAUCAGACUAGAGUGCCACUUCAAGUCAAACGGACACUUCGGAGGCACAGUGGAGUCUGGGGUGGCCCCGUCAGGAGAUUGGCUCGGAUUGACGCGCUGUGAUAGUGGUCUCGGGGUCGAACACUUCCUGGUAUCUUUUUCUCUUCAGGUGGAGGCAGAGACGACGGACGACACCGCUGCCAACUACGCAAAGUUCAUGUGCAGGGAUUUUGCUGGAGUCAGCAGCCCCUACGAGAUUGUUCAUAAGCCCGGACACGGUUAUUGGGGCACAUGGGGAUCAUUCAGCGAAUUUUGUGAUCCGGACAGCGCUAUUUGCGGUAUCAGCACGAAAAUAGAAGAUGUCACCUGGGACCACACAGGGCUAAAUGACGCCAGAUUUUACUGUUGCCCCUUUUAAACUUGUUUUGCUAAAUAAAAGACUUCGUCAAUGCUAC